AUGGACGUAGACGUCAACGGAAUCGUCGAGCAAGGCUAUGCGCUCGUCGACGCGAUUCUUUCUCGACGGUCGCUGCCCGAGAUCAAAGCCCUAGUCGCGGACGGCGCUCCAGUCUGGUAUCAGGACGACGAAGGGACUUCACCGUUGCACGCUGCGGCAUACGUUGAGAACAAUGAACUGGUCAAGUUCCUCAUCGGAGAGGGCGCGCUAUGGAACGCUGUGGACAAACUGCACAACACCGCCGGAGACAUCGCACUGUCUCUGAACAACGAAACGGCUUACACCAUCAUUCGCGACGCCGGCAUUCGCUCUGAACUUUUGCUGAGAGUGCUUGCUAAACAUUCGCCGGCUGCCAACUCUCCCCUGGCCCUGAUUCUUAAAGCGACCGACAAUACGGCGGCAGGCUCGACGGACACCUUUUUGGCCACGAAGCUGCAGUACGUCACCGACGAGCAGGGGCAGGAGAUUUGCGUGGUAAAAGUUGGCGAUGAAGAAGAGGUCGGAGUUAUGAUGGGAUGGGAGAGGGGCAUCAUGCAAGACACCGUGCGUAACUUGUGCACCGGUCACCCAGAACUAGCCAACGGCUUGAAGAUUCUCAAUGUUGGAUUUGGGCUUGGGAUUGUGGAUACUCUUUUCCAGGAGAUCACAUCCAAACCGGCGGUGCAUGUGAUCAUUGAACCACAUCCUGAUGUUUUGCAUCACAUGCGAGAACAAGGGUGGUAUGACAAGGAAGGCGUCAAGAUCCUUGAGGGCAAAUGGCAAGACUUUGUGGAAAGCGACGAGCUGUUGAGCGUCGGCGGCUUCGAUGUCAUCUACACAGACACAUUCUCCGAGGACUAUGCCGAGUUGCACCGAUUCUUUGGUCAUAUGCCGGACCUACUUGCGGGUCCCGAUUCACGCUUUGGCUUCUUCAAUGGGCUGGGCGCCACCAAUGCUCUGUUCUACGACGUCUACACCCACGUCUCGGAGUUGCAUCUGGCAGAUGUGGGUAUGGAUGUUGGGUGGAGCGACGUUGAUGUCUUUGAGGGCGACGCGGACAGAUGGGGGAAGACCCGGGAGUACUUCGCGAUGCGGACCUAUCGCCUCCCCAUCGCCAAAAUGAGGGCACUGUGA